GCCGAAUGACACGCGGUGUCAUUUUGGACAGUUUGAAAUUGAUGGAAGGAAAAUAGUUAGUGUCGGUGUCGAUUAAUUUGCUGCUUUCUACAAGUAAUCGUUCCUAUCAAUGUUUAAGGGUCGACUUUCCACGCCACUCGUCGUCAACUCCCUCGUAAAAAAUUCCAGUAUAAGCUGCUGAAGAGGAUCCCGUAAUUUCCAGCAUCAAGAAUUCGUUAAUUGAUUUCUUCUUCUUCUUCUUCUUCACCAUUCUUUUUUAUUCGAGAGUUGGAAAAAUUCUUGAAUGUUUUGUGUCAGUUGUAUGAUUGAUAUGUGAAUUUGCAUAUAAUGAUGGUAACAGGAAGUGGGCAGUAGCAAUCGUAACUGAAAGGGGGGUAACAAUGGUGUUGCUUUUGUUGUCAGUAUUUCUUCUUGGGGUUUUUACAGUAAUUGCAAUGGAAGCAGCGGGACUGUGGAUUUUGAUUCGCCUAAUAAAUCAGAGAGUUGCGAAAGAACAAGGGAAAGAGAAGGAUUCAGCUUUGGCUGGCGACCUCAAUCAGACUUUACACAACAUGCAGGGGCAUAUAUGGGUUCUAGAACCAGAAAAGGUUCUGAAACCCGGGCUUUUGGACAAUUUGCCUAAGGAGCAAAAGUGGAAAAAGGACUUUUUGGAGGUUAUACCUGCCCAGAGAUAUGCAAAAGUUAAGGAUCACCUUCUUAUCCUGACUGAGACAGAUGGUUCACAUGUAGAGAUUUCACUCAAGGGAUGCAAAAUAGCAGCUGUAUCAGCAACAAGCUUGUCCUCAAGAAAAUGGGCAAAAAGAUAUCCCAUAAUAGUGGAGAGCGAAGGUCCAGUAAUAUAUAAGGGAAGUAAAACAAUUUACAUAUAUCUUGAGACAUCUUGGGAGAAGGAGUCGUGGUGUAAAGCCCUCCGCCUUGCUUCUUGCGAUGAAGACAAGCUUAAGUGGUUCAACAAGUUGAAAAUAGAGUUUCAAAAUUACGUGACAUCAUUGAAUACAGGAUAUCAUUCUUUUAUGAAACCCUCUGGGGUUUUCAGUGCUGAACCACUUGAUAAGCCUAUCAAGUUUGAUGGUUCAUCAAAAGUUCGCCAGUUCCUCAAGAAAAUUGCAAAGAAGACUUCUAAAAGUGGAGUAGAUUAUGUAGCAAGUGGAACUUCAACUUCAGGCCGUGAUGAAAGAAAGUUGGGUGAGAAGUCUUGUUCAUUCCAAGACUCAGUUCUGGCUCCUGGCUUAGUGAAAUUGGUCUCAACAGGAAACCUCUCUAGUGUUUCUUCUGAGGAUGCUAGUGUGGCGUCAUCAACAUCAACUUCUACUGAGCCAGGAAGCAGAGUUCAUAUUUCUGGAAUAUCUGAUGUGGAAUCUGAUCUCAGGAAUUCUAGUGACGAUGGAACACUUUGUUUGAAUUUGUUAAUAUCACGAUUGUUCUUUGAUGCCAAAAGAAAUUUACAGAUUAGGAACUACAUCAAAAAUCGGAUUCAGAGAACACUAUCCAACAUGCGAGGCCCUAAUUACCUCGGUGAAGUCACGUGUACUUCUGUAGAUCCUGGUACUCUGCCUCCACAUAUUCUUGCAAUGAGGGUCAUUCCCACCGAUACAAAUGAGCUGUGGGCCUUGGAAGUUGAUUUAGAGUAUUCUGGUGGCAUGGUUUUGGAAACUGAAACAAGGCUCGAAAUUCGAGAGCUGGAAUUUGAAGGAGAGCAAACUAGCUCGAACUCAAGCACUGUUGGUGAUGUCACCUCUGAUCUACUGGAAGGUAUUGAGCAUUUUGGGAAACAAUUGAAGCUUUCUGAAGAGAUAACUGAUGGAGUAGAGGAAAAAGAUAAAGGAGAUCACAUCCUAGAUGAGAUUGGAGACCCCAAAAGCACUAUACCUGCAUCAUCUCAAGUGUCUAAGUGGAAGUCUAUAGUACAUUCUAUAACCAAACAGGUUCAACAGGUUCCUCUAUCUUUAGGGGUGAGGAUUUCUUCUCUUCGUGGAACAAUGCGGAUCUAUAUGAAGGCUCCACCUUCUGAUCAGAUAUGGUUUGGAUUCACAUCCAUGCCCAAUAUUGAAUUUAACUUGGAGUCUUUUGUCGGGGACCGCAAAAUUACGAGUGGGCGUGUUGCUUUGUUCUUGAUCGGUCGAUUCAAGACAGCAAUUCGUGAAACUUUGGUACUUCCAAACUGUGAAAGUGUUUGCAUUCCUUGGAUGUUAUCGGAGAAGGAUGACUGGGUCCCAAGGAAAGUCGCUCCAUUUAAGUCGUGUACUCAAGAUAAAUCUGGUAGCUCUACCACAAAACAAGAAGCACAGAGUCCCCAACCUGGGGAUGAGAAAUCUAAGCGUGUUGGCCUUGCUGCAGAAUCAACUAGUCAAUCCCUGGACCCAAGUGACGUGGAUUUAUCAACUUUCAAUAGCCAUUCUUUCCAAGAACAAAGUAGAGCCCAUUUGUUAGACAAGGGAACCCCACAAGAAAUUGCGCCUAGAAGCCCAGAGGAGAAAUUGGAUAUUCACCCCCUGCCAUCUCAAUCACUAAAGAUGUCAGAGGGACGGAAUGAUACUUUAGUAGAAGAUGGUUCUAGUAGAUCUAGGAGUAUUGGGACGAGAGAACGAAUGCUAGGGUUAGGGAAGAAGAUGGGAGAAAAGCUCGAAGUCAGGAGGCGUCACAUUGAAGAGAAAGGAAGGAGUUUUGUUGACAGGAUGAGGGGAACAUAGAAAAUAAAUGGAAAGAGAAAGAUGAUCUAUAUUCAGACAUUUUAUUCCCCAAUCCAGAAACCCUACAAAUUUGUUUUGACAUUCCUAUGUCUAAAUCUACCUACUUCUUUGCACUGAGGGCCAUCUUUGUUAUACAGGUUUGAUGCAACUAGAGAGUACGUAAUACUCAUUUACUAUUGUGUCAAGUCUUACUAAAUAAAUAUGUCUCAACUUUUAUAUGUCCAAGUGCAAAAUAUGUCAAGCAAGCUUUUUCAUUUU